AUGGCGCAAGUAGAGAACGAACACGCGAGCGAUAACCCUCGAGAUGGCCUUCGAACAAACGCAGCGCACGCAACGAGCGAGACUACACACGCCUCAGAGACUCCACAUACCUCAGUAGUCCCUGAUCCCACGGACCUUCGCAUCAUCGGUCGUGGCACAUGCGGCACCAUUUACACGUCGACAAGUCGCUCUACAGUCGCAUACAAGAUUGGGCGGGAUAGAGACGGCCUGUGGAAUGAUAUACGGCUCACAGCCCGCGUCCAUCGGGCGUUGUCAGACCCUGACGUGGACGAGUGGUUCGCAUCCAAGCUCCAGGUGCCGGCCAUCAAGGGCUGGGUAGCAGAUGAAGCUAAAGAGUGCUUCUGGGCAGACUACGCGCGCUUUUUCCCGGAAUCUCACGCUAGAGAGACGACACCGUUCGUCUUUGCUCUUUCCCUUAUCCCCACGAUAGAUUCAGAGACUCGACAGGCUCUGCUCUGGCGUUACGACUUCACUACCUCAAGAGGCGCGGUACUUGCGAAUCCAGAGAACGAUUUCUGUCUUAUACGACCAUAUCUUGGACUGGCAACUCGCGAGGACGAGCCUUUGUGCAGAUCAGACAACCUCUGGAACUUUCCUUUUACAAGGGAGGACUUCAGGUCGUUCCCACUCGACAGCUCCUGGUAUUUUAAGCAGAUGGUGGAGGAAAUGGCCACUGGACUAGCCAUCAUACACUGGCAUGCUCACGUGGACGGAAUGGAUAUCGAGUUCGUACUCGGUGGAAGAGCUGAUUGGGACGAGACACACACCGAUAUCGUCGACGAUAUCGACACCUCUGGACCUUUCUGUUCCUCCCUACCGCAGCACGAAAUCACACUCGCAACCCAUGCUCCAGAUUCAGACUCUCUUAGUCACCGCUACCGUCGUGUGCGUCUCUACGUCCUCGACUUCGACAAAGCCUCGCCCGUUUCGUUUGAUCAGCCCGAAGCUGCCAUAGAGCGACUAGUCACAGCGGUGACCUGUAACGAUCCAUACUUCCCCGAUCCAAAUGCUACAUCGGGUGAUGACUUGAAGCUCUGGCAGGAUUUCAGGCGUGCAUAUUUGCGGACUGCCAAGUGGGUUUCGGAGAGUCUUGUAGAGAAGCACGGGAAGCGAGCUAGGAAGUGGCCAGCACGAUUCAUGGAUCAAUGGGAGAGGAAGGCAGGACAGCUGCUAGAGGGGAAAAAUGGCGAGUUCAUCGAGUUUGGGGAUUAA